CCUAGCCACCUGCUAAAUUAAGAUGUCCUUCCUGUCCUUCCUUUUCACCAAGGAAAGAAUCACUUCCUUGUUUAUGUGUUGCCUCUGGUUUCACUGGUGACCUGUCAACGCUCCGAACUUGCUAUUUCACCAGACCAGCGUGCUCGCGGCUAACGGUUAGUGGCUGUCCUGCGAGCGCGGGAGUGUCGAGAGCGUCCGUGUGUGUCCCCUGCCUCCUUUGCGUGUCCUGUACUUUUUUCAGCUUGUGACACGCAGUUGAGACCCACCCAGACUCAGAGAUUUGUAAGCUGCCCCGGACUUGGCGACUGCCAAAUCAAUCGGCAAAUGAGUGAAUGAGUCAGGAGUGAUGCUUUGUGGGAGAGAUCUAUGACGCAAAGCUGAGGAGGCGGCUGCAGGUGCUCUUCUGGGACAUUGCCUCUGGGCCCGGCGGGGGAUGGCGCGACCGCCGAUACCGCUGUGAAUGGGUCAGCUGUACACGACCGCAGAGAAGGCCAAUAUGGGGAUGGAUGAGAGGUCAUGUGUGUCCUUCAGCUGAGGCCCGCGGUGUGCCCUCCCCGCUUACCUGGCCGCCGGCAUGUACAGGAGGAAUGGACUAAUGGCCAGCGUAACGGUCACCUCCGCCACUCCAGAGGGCAGCAGCAGCUCGGAGUCCCUGGAUGGGCGGAGUGUGGACUAUGCCAAAAGCUACGAUGCUGUUGUGUUUGACGUGCUGAAAGUGACACCGGAGGAAUUUGCUAGCCAGAUUACCCUCAUGGAUGUCCCAGUAUUCAAAGCGAUACAGCCAGAGGAGCUGGCCAGCUGCGGGUGGAGCAAGAAGGAGAAGCACAGCCUGGCGCCCAACGUGGUGGCGUUCACCCGGAGGUUCAACCAGGUCAGCUUCUGGGUGGUGAGGGAGAUACUGACAGCGCAAACCCUGAAGAUCCGGGCAGAAAUACUGAGCCACUUCGUUAAAAUCGCAAAGAAACUUCUUGAGCUGAACAACCUCCAUUCGCUGGUGUCCGUCGUCUCUGCUCUACAGAGCGCCCCCAUCUUCAGACUCAGCAAGACCUGGGCGUUGAUAAGCCGGAAGGACAAGGCCACAUUUGACAAGCUGGACUACCUGACAUCCAAGGAAGAGAACUAUACGCGCAUGAGGGAGUACAUCCGGUCACUGAAGAUGGUCCCCUGCAUCCCCUACUUAGGGAUCUACCUGUUUGACAUGAUCUACAUCGACUCGGCCUACCCGGCCUCCGACAGCAUCAUCGAGACAGAGCAGAGGACCAAUCAGAUGAAUAACCUCCUCCGGGUCAUCUCCGACCUUCAAGUGUCCUGUAACCACGAUCACCUGCUGACGUUGCCACAUGUGCAGAAGUACUUGAUGUCGGUGCGCUACAUCGAGGAGCUUCAAAAGUUCGUGGAGGACGACAACUACAAGUUGUCUCUGAAGAUUGAGCCAGGGAACAGCUCCCCACGCCUGGUUUCCUCCAAGGAAGAUCUCGCAGGCCCCUCAGAGGUGGCUGCCUCGGUGAGGUACAACCGUCGCCCCACCUGCCCCGACACCUCCGUGGGGGCCCACCUGCCCACCCCGCCCCCAUCCCGCCACAGGAAGAGCCACAGCCUGGGCAACAACAUGAUGUGCCAGUUCAGCGUUGUGGAGAGCAAGAGUGCCACCUUCCCCACAGAGAAACCACGCCACCUGCUGGACGACAGCUUCCUGGAGUCCCACAGCCCCGCACGGAACCACACGCUUAACUCUGCACACAUCCUCACCAAUGGCCUUUCCCGAGGUAGCAGCGAGAGUUCGUUCAGCGAGGAGCUGUCAUCUGGGGUAGAAAGGGGCCGCAUGUAUGCCACACUGGGCCCCAACUGGAGGCUUCCGGCCGGCAAUUCGCCCCGCAGCCGGAGCUAUAUGUACAGCCCGUCAGGUGCAAACUCCAGCUACGAGUGCAGUGCUUUGGCAAGCAUCACCAUGGAGGGCCCCCUGCGGAGGAAGACCUUGAUGAAGGAGGGCAGGAAACCGACGCUGUCGUCCUGGACACGUUACUGGAUUGCCCUCUCUGGUUCCACCCUCGUCUAUUUUGGAGCCAAAGCCCUCAGAGCCUCUGAGAGGAAACAUUACAAAUCCACGCCCUGUAAAAAGAUCACCAUCACGGGAUGGAUGGUGGUGCUUCCCGACGACCCGGAGCACCCCAAUAUCUUCCAGCUGAAUGACCCUGACAAAGGUAAUGUUUACAAGUUUCAGACUGGAUCCAGAUUUUCUGCAAUAAUAUGGCACAAGCACCUAGAGGACGCCUGUCGGAGCAGUAGGCCCCAGAUACCAGCCAACCUUAUGUCGUUUGAGUAGACUCCGCCUGACAAUUGCCUUGCAGAGUAAAGUGCCAACCCCAUCCGGAUGAGAGAGCCAGAAUCAAACAUGUGGAAAGACAGGGGGUUCGAGCAGAGAACAUUGAAAGCACUUUUUGCGCCGCGCCAUUGCUGUAGGUAGAGUGGUUGCUUGCCCUCUCCCACCCCCUGACCCACAACCCCCCCCCCCCCCCCCAACGGUGUGCCCAAGCCAAGAUUCGUUUGGAAACUAGAAGAGCUAACAGACUCAUCUGGAGGGGGGGAGGCAACAAAUGUAGCGGUUAGCUUCUUGUUUUUUUUUUUUAAUCACAGGAAAACAAACUUGCGAAGGUUGCCGUUUGAAGGAAACGGGUGAAGAGAUGUAGCAACCUCCGCAUGGAGACUCCUGCCGGGCUGACAUCAGUCAUUUAUUUUGUGUGUUUUGUUUUUUUUUUUGUUUUUUUUUUUUUGUCACACCGCUUCAUGUAAGUGGGGGAAAAAUAGAUGUUGGCCCAUGUUGGGUUUUUAAAUGAAAGGAAACGAAAAAAGAAGAAAUGCACAGAGGGGAAAAAAAACAGACUACUGACAGUGUUAAAAUGGAUUAUUAGGGAUUGUAGAGGGAAGCAGCAACUCUUCAUGUCCCAGGACUCCCGCCCUACCCAGAAGGGUGGCGUACUGCGGGAGGGUCACUGUCUGGCCCUACCACUCGACUCGCCUGCUCGGAAUGCAGAAAUCCAAUGCAUUUUGGCACCCUAAGAAUUAACCUUGACCCCAGAUGAGUUAAAUAUGUGUAUGUAAUACAAUACAUAUUGAUAAUGCAAAAAAAAAAAAAGCAUUGAUUGCUUAGAUUGUUUGCUUUGCUGGAGAGGUAACAGAAACGUCUUGAGAAGACAUCAUUUUAUCAUGUUAACAUCCGCCCACAUGACUGUACUAAUAUAAUGCUAUACACGCAACUCAUCUUAUUUGCUGAGGGCUGGUGAAUUGGCGAAGGGUGUGGUUGAUAUUUUUCCAGCCGCAGUGCACACUGUGAAUCAACCUUAUGGACCUUUCAGUGUACAUUAAUACAGUAUUAUUAGACAAUAAAAACGUUUGAGCCAUAUUGUCAACAAACCUUUCAAUUAAAUCUUUAAUUGCAAAUAGUGCACCCUGGGAGUGUGUUAUUGCAAACAAUAUUUUGCGAAUGAAUUCUCCACCAAGAGGAACAUGCUGCUCACUGAACUGCAGAAUAAGUCCUUAACUGUGCCUCAGGAGACAUGGUUAAUAUCGUUACAAAGUUAUGUUGUCGUCAUUUUUUAGGUUUGUUCUACUGAGCCAGACGAUUUUUUUAAAUUGGGCUGUUUCAACAAUGAUAUAUAUGUGCUGUAGUAAUUGUAUUCAUUUAAAGAACUGUAAAUAAACCUGUUUCCUGUUUUUUUGUUUUCCCCCUUCAAGUUUACUGCACUGUAGUAGGAAGCACAUCUGCACUUGUAUGUGACAGAAAAUAAUCCAGACUCCCCCCACCCCACCCCACUCCACUUCCUCUUUGCCAAUUUUGUUGUGCAUUUCAUUCUAAUGGUAGAAACCUAGUUCUAUAUAUUGAAAACCGAUAUAAACACACAUACAUGCGGUCUGUAUUUGGACAGUCACAGAAUGUUUGUUUUUUUAGCUCUGUACUCCACAUUGAAUUUGAAAUGGAAUUGUGAAUAUGAUAUGAUAUGAGGUCAGACUGUCAGGUUUAAUUUGAGUGUAUUUAGAUUCAUAUCUGUUGAUCGGUGUAGGAAAUACAGGCAUUUUUAUAUAUCCCCCCCCCCCACCAUUUUGGGGGACCAAAAGUAAUUGGAAAAAUUAACAUUAUCUUAAAUAAAGUAAUCAUAUUAAGUACUUGGUUGCAAAUCCAUUGCAUUUGAUGAGUGCCAAAAGGCUGCAACCAAUAGACACCACCAAAUGCUGGGCAUCUUCCCUUGUGAUGCUCUUUCAGGCCUGUACUUUUCGCCUUCAGCUUUGUCUUCAGCCAGUGAAAUGCAUUUUCAGCUGGAUUCAGGCCACUUUUAGGUCCGGAAACACUUGAAUGCUUUAGUUUUUACAUUGCCAUGACAUCAUUCAAAUGAAAAUGCAAAAGCCCGCUUUAUCUGACGAUUUGAAAAUUUAAAUGCAAAGUCCAUUUCUUGCCCUCUACAACACAACCCUAUCAUAAUUUAAAUGAAAAUGGCAAAACCACAUUAGAAAUGUAAGUUUCUUAUUGUAACUGCAUUAUCCAUGAAAAAGAUUAAAUGAUAAUUCAGUUGGCCAUUAGUCAUUUCAUUUUUCAUGAUUUAGUGGCACGAGUGUGACAUAAAUCAAUUCCACUGCCAUUGCUUCUGUUUGCAUUAUAAAUGUUGUGUGGUCAUGCAAAAACCCUGCCAAAAUUCAAAUUGGAAACGUAAUCCAUCCUUUGCAUUUUAAUUUUUAAAGUCAAAAGACCUGCUAGUCAAAGGACAGGGGCUUUACCGGCACGGUUCAAAUCAAACCAAGUAGUCUCCCUUACACACACAAUGGUGUCUAGAUUUGAAAAAUUCUAGUGCCUGGAUUAUUACUACAGGCAAGAUCACCAAGGUUGCUGAGCUUGUGAGGUGUGGAGCAGCACUGACCAAGCAAGGAAUGUCUAAAUGAUACUGUAGCAGUGGAUGGACAUAAACUUACACAUGGGACUAAAACCAAGGUGGAUUAUAAAUACUGCUUCCCAUCAAAGAUGCCACUCAACAUUAAUAAUAAAACUGUCUUACAGUUAAUGAGUAGGAACUUUUACAUAAACGUAAAUUACACUGCUUUACUUCAAAAUGAUGUUCAAACUGCUUGCGUUAAGGUUAUAUUUAAGUUAAGUUAAAUUAAAUAUUCUUUACUAAAGUAUGACUGUCCAGGUUAUUUUCUUUUAGCCUAAAUGUACUUCAAGUGACCACUGUCAGUUGCAGUUAGCUAAUUUAGCGUAAUUUAGCAAUCUUUGCAGCCGGGAUGUACAGUGGCAGCCAUUACACCGGACUGGACUGUAACACCCAUUUCUUUCAAGCCCCCGCCUACACAGUUUGAUUGACAGGUCUUUUGACAUUUUCAGUUUGAAUUUUGGCAGGGUUUUCGCAUGACCACAUGAAAAUGAUAAUGAAAAUGGAAGCAAUGCCAUUGGACUUGAUUUAUGUCACACUUGUGCCACAAAAACAUGAAAAUGAAAUGAUAAAUGGCUAAUUGAAUCAUUUCAUUUUUGUCAUGGAUAACGCGGUUACAAGAAACUGCAAAUUCAAAUGUGGUUUUUCAUUUUCAUAAAUCAUGACAGAGUUGUGUCAUUGAGGGCAAGAAAAAUUUGCAUUAAAAUUUUCAAAUUGUCAGAUGAAGUGGGCGUUUGCAUUUUCAUGUGAUUUGUGUCAUGGCUUUUGCACACAACAAAUAAAAAUCAAAUGUAAUUGCUGAUUUGCAUUUCCAUUUGAAUUUUGCAGCGGAAAUGCUUCCACAGCCAGCAGCCACAUCAUCAAUAAAGACAAGUGAGCCAGUUCUAAUGGCAAAUAUACAUGCCCAAGCCAUAACGCUACCUCCACCAUAUUUCACAGAUGAGGGGGGAUGCUUUGGAUCAUGAGCAGCUCCUGUCUUUUGCCACACUUUCCUCUUUCCAUCAGUUUGGUACAGGUUAAUACUCCUCUCAUCUGCCCAUAAGACUUUGUUCCAGAACACGGUUUUUAAUAUACUUUUUUUAAGCAAACCCUAAUCAUUGGCCAUUCUGUUUUACCAGUAGUUUGAGUCUUGCGAUGAAUACUGAGGUUAUGCUUUUGUAGUCUUCUCUUUAUGGUAAUAUUUGAAAAAUUGGUGUCCAAGUAUUCUUCGGUCAUCCCCUACAGUGGUCUUCUGUGGACUACCAGGUCGCUUGCUAUUUGCUGAGCUCACCGAUGCAUUCUGGCUUUGUAAAAAUGUAUCAAACAGUUGAUUUUGAUACAACAAUGAUUUGACUAAGAUAAGAGCAACAGACUCCAAAUGUAAAUGCCACACCAAGAAUCAACUCUAGCUUUUUUGUGCAUGGACUAAUGAUGCAAUGACACACAGCUGGCCAAGAAACAGCAGCCAAUUUUCCAAUGAGAUUUGGACUAAAGUGGACUAUGUAUAUAAAGGGCUAUAAUAUAGGGACCUUUCUGUAGGUUUGCAUGUUCUGCUUGUGUCUGUGUGGGUUUCCAAAAACAGACUCCAGAGGGAAUCAAGGCAAGAUACUGAAGGCUGUCUUAUACCUGCACUAAGGAAGCAACUGAAAACACCUGUGAAGCCAUAUGUUCCAAUCAUUAUGGCACCCUGAAAUGGGAGGGCUAUGUAUAAAAAGUGCUGUUAUUUCUACACGAUGUGUAUUAAAAUACCUUUUUAAUGAAAGCUGAGAAUCUGCACUUUAUUUGCACGUGCAUUGUUUGAUUGCAAAUCUAAAAUUGUGGAGUACAGAGCCAAAUCAAGAACAAAUAUGUCUUAGUCCAAAACUUUAUGGAGCUCACUGUAUGCGCGUCUGUGUGUAUGUGCGUGUGGAGAUGUGCCUAAAGAAAUUUGAACUGCUGAAAUUUCAUACGGUGCGUGAAAAAAAAACUUGAAUUACAUUAAUACAGAUGUUGACAGAGCCGUUGUGUGGUUUUACUUUUAUGUACAGCUUUUUGUUUUGUGUGGACUUAAAUCUGUACACUGGAACUAUACAGUGUUAGCUUUUUGUUGUAGAUCAUAAACUUAGAUGUAACAUGUGUUUUUUUAAGCAUGUCAGAAGAGGGAGUUGAGAGAUGACUGCGGGACCAUCAGCAGGAAAGUAAGGGGUCACUGGAAAAGUAUUACCAAAUAAUGUCUUAAGUCUUUAGCAUUUUCAGCACAUGAUGUGAAUUAGAACUGCCAUUUCAGAUUAAAGUUAGAAUUAGAAGUAAACUCUAAAAAGAUAUAUUUCCACAUUGAAACGUAUUUGAUUUCAAUUGCGUUACAAUGUUGGUUAUGUGUGUAUAUGUAUUUAAUGUGUGUGUGCACAUGUGUAUGUAUGUAGAAACACACACAGAUAAAUACAUUUAAUAUUAUAACCAAUAAAAAAAUCCCUCUGUUAACUAUUGAUCAGAUAGGACCUGCUGUACAAGUUGCACCAAGUUUUCACAAUGAACAGUGGUGUGGCUAUUGCACCUCUUCUAGAGGCCUGGAUGUCUAAAUCCACAUGAUUUGAGAAACUGCUCUUUCUUACUGCAUAUAUCUCUUCCAGGUCACCCUCUUCACUAUGUGCUAACAAAAUCCCUCUCCAAAAGAAAGGACACUGAUAGAUCCCACUGACGAAAGAGUAUGUCCAUCUCUUAGGGCAAGUCAGCAGAAUUAGCUCCAGUUUUCUCUGACGUUCUUGACGUGUCUGUCAUAUAAAGAAAAAACAUUUUAAAUGCCCUGCAACCCCCUAUUAUCAUUAGUUAAAAUAUGUGUUCAUUUAAAUUAUACUCCGAGUGAAACACAUUGGUUUGUCAAACUUGGUUAUGGGAUAUGAACCUUGCUGUAUUUAUUUAAAAUGUGACAUAUUUCAUAUUUGGAAAUAUCUCAGCAGUUUAAAACAAUAUAAUUUUCUUUUGUAUGCUAUUGCAAGUUUUGUAACCAAGAGAAGAAUUUUAGAGUGCCAAAAUGCAUGGUUGAUCCAUUUUGCUACGAGGCUGGUCUGUGUUAUUUCCUGAAACCGUGUCCAAUAUCUUUUUAUACACUUGAUGUUGUUUAUUUUAUUUUAUUUUAUUUUACUUUUUUGGAAAAGGUUGUGUGGAAUGUUGCUUAGUUUAGUUGCUCAGGCUGUAAUUGCUCCAUGAAACUGAUGCAUGUUGUUUAUGUGUGAAUAUAGUUUUCCUGGUGUCUAUAUUUACCAUAAAAAUGAAAACCACUUCCACUGCCCUGUGAAUACUUUGCUAAAUUAUUUGUUACCCCUUUUGCCUUGUAAUAAGUUGCUGUAUUUUAUCAGCUUGUAACAACACUGUUUCACAAAUUAAACAUGUUUAUGUAAAAGAA